AUGGAAAAUGAUGACAAUAACCAUGAAUUUUAUUUUAAUCAUAAAAAUUAUUUUCAUCGAUUUAAAUCAAAUAAUGAAGAGGAUCAUAUUAGUAAAUCUAUUCGUCAUGCAUUAGAAUAUUUCGUCGAUGAUUUAAAAUAUGAUCGAAAUAAAACCAUCGACUAUUUUUUUAAUCAACCAACUAUGAACAAUAUAUUUCUAUUUAUUACACAAUUAUUAUUAUCGGAGGAUAAUUCUAUCUGUGUCAAUAGUGCUUAUAUUAUUGGUAGUAUUAUUGAAAUAGAAAAUGGUCUUGAAUUAUUUCUAUCGAUAUUUACUGUCAAUUGUACAAUUGAUGUUAUACAAAGAUUAUGUCAAUUAUUAACACAUUCAGAUUUUGAUUGUGUAUUAAAUGCAACGGGUAUACUUGGUACUAUAUGUAGUUCAAAAGAAGGACGUGAUUUUAUUCUAAAUCAUACUUCAAUUAAUGAUAUCGUAUCAAAUAUAGCCAUG